GGUAGCAGAGGGAGAGACACAGACACAGCGGAGUCUUUCUGCGGGCGGAUCUGCACAGACAUUGCAUGGAGCUUCUCUUCCAAGGCAGACACAAGGCAGUCCUGCAAAUCUAUGCAUCGCCGUCUUAGAGAGAGACAGACAGAGACACCACCACUGACAGUAGCAAUUCCCGAUACUCCAGAUCACAUUUGUCUGCAGCAGCAACAGAAAGGGACCUGGGCAUUAAUUCUCUACUUUGUUUUAUUUGUGGUUCUUGCUCCUUUCCCCUGGACCCAGUCGUCUCUCUCGCACUGCUCCCCCUUUGACAAGCGGCUGGAGUUCCUUUUCGGCUCGUUUUGACUUUUUGUGGACGUGGAUGAGCUGGACUGGAAGGGAAGCUGCAUUGCACUGCAUUCCCCUCUCCCACUCCCUCUGCCCUCCAGCAGCCUGGGCUGGCGGCUCUCCCCCAAGGAGGACGGGAACUUUUAUUUUCAGCUCACAGCCUGUGGCGAAUGGUGGGACUCUCCGGUCCUUUUCAGUAAAAGAUUGAUCUCUGGGCUGGUGAACAUAAUAUCUGUCCCAGUCAGAAAAGGAGAGAGGAAAUUAGCAGAGCGAUUGGUGGAGAAUGAUAUCUGUCAAAAGAAACACUUGGAGAGCACUGAGUUUAGUGAUAGGUGACUGCCGGAAAAAAGGGAACUUUGAAUUUUGUCAAGAUCGCACUGAGAAGCAUUCCACAAUGCCAGACUCACCCGUGGAUGUGAAGACGCAAUCCAGGCUGACGCCUCCAACAAUGCCACCUCCUCCCACUACCCAAGGAGCUCCAAGAACCAGUUCAUUCACACCCACAACGUUAACCAAUGGCACUAGCCAUUCACCAACAGCAUUAAAUGGAGCUCCAUCUCCACCUAAUGGCUUUAGCAAUGGGCCAUCAUCUUCCUCUUCAUCCUCUCUGGCUAAUCAGCAGUUACCACCAGCUUGUGGAGCAAGGCAGCUCAGCAAACUGAAGAGAUUUCUUACAACCUUACAGCAGUUUGGCAAUGACAUUUCACCAGAGAUUGGGGAGAGAGUACGUACCCUUGUGCUAGGACUUGUGAAUUCUACUUUGACAAUUGAAGAAUUUCAUUCCAAACUGCAAGAAGCUACUAACUUCCCACUGCGACCUUUUGUCAUCCCAUUUUUGAAGGCCAAUCUGCCCCUGCUGCAGCGGGAGCUCCUGCACUGUGCAAGGCUGGCCAAGCAGAAUCCCGCCCAGUACCUCGCUCAGCAUGAACAGCUGCUUCUGGAUGCCAGCACCACCUCACCUGUUGACUCCUCAGAGCUGCUUCUCGAUGUGAACGAAAACGGGAAGAGGCGAACUCCAGACAGAACCAAAGAAAACGGCUUUGACAGAGAGCCUUUGCACUCAGAGCAUCCAAGCAAGCGGCCCUGCACUAUUAGCCCAGGCCAGCGGUACAGUCCAAAUAAUGGCUUAUCUUACCAGCCCAAUGGUCUGCCUCACCCCACCCCACCUCCACCUCAGCAUUAUCGUUUGGAUGAUAUGGCCAUUGCCCACCACUACAGGGACUCAUACAGACACCCCAACCACAGGGACCUCAGGGACAGAAACAGACCUAUGGGGUUGCAUGGCACACGACAAGAAGAAAUGAUUGAUCACAGGCUAACAGAUAGAGAAUGGGCAGAAGAAUGGAAACACCUUGACCAUCUGUUAAACUGCAUCAUGGACAUGGUGGAAAAAACAAGGCGAUCUCUCACUGUACUACGGCGAUGUCAAGAAGCGGACCGUGAAGAGCUUAAUUAUUGGAUACGGCGGUACAGUGAUGCAGAGGAUUUAAAAAAAGGUGGUAGCAGCAGCAGCCAUUCCAGACAGCAGAGUCCAGUGAAUCCAGAUCCAGUCCCAUUAGAAUCACAUCGGGAAUUCCUUCAUAGGCCUGCUUCUGGAUAUGUGCCAGAGGAGAUCUGGAAGAAAGCUGAGGAAGCAGUCAAUGAAGUAAAACGUCAGGCGAUGACAGAGUUGCAAAAGGCAGUGUCAGAGGCAGAACGGAAAGCCCACGACAUGAUCACUACAGAGAGAGCUAAAAUGGAGCGCACUGUUGCAGAAGCCAAGCGACAGGCUGCAGAGGAUGCAUUAGCUGUUAUCAAUCAACAGGAAGAUUCAAGUGAGAGUUGCUGGAACUGUGGCCGUAAAGCUAGUGAAACCUGCAGUGGUUGCAACACGGCGCGAUACUGUGGCUCAUUUUGCCAGCACAAGGACUGGGAGAAGCAUCACCACAUCUGUGGGCAGACCCUCCAAGCCCAGCAGCAAGGAGAGACACCAGCAGUCAGCUCCUCCGUGACACCCAACAGUGGGGCAGGGAGCCCCAUUGACACACCACCAGCAGCCACUCCUAGGUCAAGCACCCCUGGGACCCCAUCCACCAUAGAAACGACUCCUCGUUAAAACUGAACUCAAAACUGUUUGAAACAAAAACAAAACAGAAAACAAAACCAAUUCCUCAUCCUCAGAUGCUCAAAGAUUUUAACU